GCAAGCUAGAGGAUCGAGCUGGCGCGGUGGUGGUAACCCCGAAGCGGGACUGUGGCGGGUCCCGAUGGACAACACCGCCUGCUUGAAGUCCUUGCUUCUGACCAUUAGUCAGUAUAAAGCAGUUAAGUCGGAAGCGAACGCCACCCAGCUUUUGCGGCACUUGGAGGUAAUUUCUGGACAGAAGCUCACCCGAUUGUUUACAUCAAAUCAGAUACUACCAAGUGAAUGCUUAAGUUGCCUUGUAGAGCUACUUGAAGACCCAAACAUAAGUGCUUCACUGAUCUUAAGUAUCAUCAGUUUGCUAUCUCAACUAGCUGUAGACAAUGAAACCAGAGACUGUCUUCAGAAUACGUACAGCCUGAAUAGUGUGCUGGCAGGAGUGGUUUGUCGGAGCAGUACUUGCCACAAUGAUUCAGUGUUUUUGCAGUGCAUUCAGCUUCUGCAGAGGUUAACAUAUAACAUCAAAAUUUUGCAUUGUGGUGCUAAUAUAGAUGAAUUAAUUACAUUCCUGAUUGAUCAUAUUCAGUCUUCUGAAGAUGAGUUGACAAUGCCUUGUCUAGGAUUAUUGGCAAAUCUUUGUCGGCACAAUCUUUCUGUUCAAACGCACAUAAAGACUUUGAAUAAUGUGAAAUCUUUUUAUCGAACUCUUAUAAGCUUCCUGGCCCAUAGUAGUUUAACUGUGGUUGUGUUUGCACUUUCAAUAUUAUCCAGUUUGACAUUAAACGAAGAGGUGGGGGAAAAGCUGUUCCAUGCUCGAAACAUUCAUCAGACUUUUCAACUAAUAUUUAAUAUUCUCAUAAAUGGUGAUGGCACACUAACUAGGAAGUAUUCAGUUGAUCUACUGAUGGAUCUUCUUAAGAAUCCUAAAAUUGCUGAUUAUCUUAUCAGGUAUGAACACUUUUCUUCAUGUCUUAAUCAAGUGUUAGGUCUUCUUAAUGGAAAGGAUCCUGAUUCUUCUUCAAAGGUUUUAGAAUUACUUCUUGCGUUCUGUUCAGUGACUCAGCUGCGCCACGUGCUCACGCAGAUGAUAUUUGAACAACCUCCAUCUGGCAGCACCAUUCUGGGAAGCCGUUCUAAGUGUUUAGAACCUCCUGUAGCUCUACUUCGUUGGUCAAGCCAACCUUUGGAUGGAUCAGAAAACUGUUCUAUUUUAGCACUGGAGUUGUUCAAGGAAAUAUUUGAGGAUGUCAUAGAUACUGCUAACUGCUCCUCAGCUGACCGUUUUGUGACCCUUCUGCUGCCUACAUUCCUUGAUCAGCUUCAGUUCACAGAACAAAAUCUAGAUGAGGCCUUAAUAAGGAAAAAAUGUGAAAGGAUGGUCAAGGCCAUUGAAGUUUUGUUAACUCUGUGUGGAGAUGAUGCUCUAAAAAUGCAUAUUGCAAAAAUUCUGACAACUAUCAAAUGUACCACUCUGAUAGAGCAACAAUUUACAUAUGGCAAGAUUGAUCUGGGGUUUGUAACAAAGGUAGCAGAUUCUGAAUUGUGCAAACUUGCUGCUGAUGUAAUUUUGAAAACUCUUGAUUUGAUGAACAAACUUAAACAGUUGGUUCCUGGUAUGGAAGUAAGCUUCUACAAAAUCCUUCAGGAUCCUCGCCUGAUUACUCCCUUGGCUUUUGCUUUAACAUCAGACAGUAGAGAACAAGUACAGUCUGGAUUGGGAAUAUUAUUGGAAGCUGCUCCACUGCCAGAUUUUCCUGCAUUAGUACUUGGAGAAAGUAUAGCAGCAAACAACACCUAUAGACAACAGGAAACAGAACAUAUGCCCAGAAGAAUGCCUUUGCAAUCAUUAAAUCACAGUUUUCCAACAUCAGUAAAAUGUUUAACUCCUCCACUUUUGAAAGAUAGAGUUACUGGAUUGAACAUUGAGGAAUUAAUAGAGAAGCUUCAGUCUGGAGUUGUGGUAAAGGAUCAGAUUAAUGAUGUGAGAAUAUCUGACAUAAUGGAUGUAUAUGAGAUGAAACUAUCCACAUUAGCUUCCAAAGAAAGCAGGCUACAAGAUCUCUUGGAAGCAAAAGCUCUGGCCCUUGCACAAGCUGAUAGACUGAUUGCUCAAUAUCGCUGUCAAAGAACUCAAGCUGAGACAGAAGCACGGACACUUGCUAAUAUGUUGAGAGAAGUUGAGAGAAAAAAUGAAGAGCUUAGUUUGUUGCUGAAGUCACAGCAGGUUGAAUCAGAAAGAGCCCAGAGUGAUAUUGAGCAUCUCUUUCAACAUAAUAGAAAGUUAGAGUCUGUGGCUGAAGAACACGAAGUACUGACAAAAUCCUACAUGGAACUUCUUCAGAGGAAUGAAACUGCUGAGAAGAAGAACAAAGAUUUACAAGUCACGUGUGAUUCUCUAAAUAAACAAAUUGAGAGUGUGAAAAAGUUGAAUGAGUCACUCAAGCAACAAAAUGAAAAAACUAUUGCCCAUCUAAUAGAGAAAGAAGAACAGAGGAAAGAAGUACAGGACCAACUGGUAGACAGAGAAUGUAAGCUAGCAAACCUGGCACAAAAAAUAAAAGUACAAGAAGAAAAGAUUGAAGUCUUACAAAGACAAACGGAAGAUAAAGAAGAAGCCAUUGGUGUCCUUAGAAAAGAAUUAAAUAGAACAGAUCAAAUAAGAAAAGAAUUGAGCAUUAAGGCUUCCUCCCUAGAAGUUCAGAAGGCUCAGUUAGAAAGUCGUUUGGAAGAGAAAGAGUCCCUGGUGAAACUUCAGCAAGAGGAGUUGAGCAAACACUCUCAUAUGAUAGCAAUGAUCCACAGUUUAAGUGGUGGGAAAAUAAAUCCAGAAACUGUGAAUCUCAGUAUAUAGAUAUUAUGUAUUUAUCUACUGGGAAGGUGGGGUAGGAAACGUAAUUUGUGACUCUAAAACAAGAGCAAAUUAUUAUCUAAUUAUUAAUUUAGUAAAGAACCUGAUCUGAUACACGUUUUUAUUUGGUCUUAAAGUUUUACUUCUUGUUUCUGGAUUUUAUUGCUUAAAGCUUUCUUUGGUUUUUACUUCAGAAUAGUCUUCUUAGCCUCCAUUAUUGUUUUUUCUAAGUGUUUUCUUUUUCCUUAGUUGCUUUCCACUCUCUUCUGCUUGUUUAAUCUCAUUUGUGAUUAGAUUUUUAAAAUCAGAUGUCAGUGAAUUUAUUUUUCCUUCUACUUUUAUUGAAAUAUGAUUGACACACAGUACUGUAUGAGUGUAAGGUAUACAGCAUAAUGAUUUGACUUACAUACAUUAUGGAAUGGUGACCACAGUAGGUUUAGUGAACAUCCAUCAUCUCAUAGAAACAACAUCAAAGAAAUAGAAAAAAAGGUUUUUUCCCUUGUGAUGAGAUUCCCUUAGGAUUUAUUCCCUUAACAACUUUCAUAUAUGAGGUAAAGAAAGCAGUGUUAAUUAUCUUUAUCAUGUUGUACAUCUCUAGUACUUUGUCUUAUAACUGGAAAUGUGUACCUUUUGAUCACUUUCAUCUGAUUCCCCCUUCAUCCCCACUCAGUGAAUCUAAAAUAACUUUAUUACUACAUUGAAAAUGUAGUAAGAUACAUGGUAUAAGUUCUAAAUUUUUUGAACAUGCAGUGAAUAUUUGCAGAAAUAAUGUAUAAAAGUUAGAAAAUAGCUGAUAUAUUGUGACUGUAUUGUUUGUCACAUAAAAAACUGUAGUAACUUACAGAAUUAUCAAUAUUUAUGAAUUUCUUACGAUUACAUACAGAUAACUUGGAUUCUACCUUUGCCACAUAUUCAGAAAUUUAUUAUUUGUUGUUAAUUCUGAUGUGAAUUUGAUAUAUUGUCCUUCAUUUACAUAGUUUUUAAUUAGGCUGUUUAAUUUUAAAGCAUGACUUAAAUGUCCUUAUUUAUGUAUCUCUUUAAUACAAGGGAGGGCUUCCCUGGUGGCACAGUGGUUGAGAGUCCACCUGCCGAUGCAAGGGACACGGGUUCGUGCCCCGGUCCGGGAGGAUCUCACAUGCCGCAGAGCGGCUGG